AUGGCGGACCGGACUCCAAAAUCGCCUCGACGAGAAAGCCAUAUGGCGACGAACGCGGACGACAAUGGACAUUGUCCGGCACCGCCAGCUCGAGUGGCUGCUCGCUUCGUAAGAAACACCAGCUCACGGCGGCGCUCGUCUGCCAACUCCUCGCGCCGAAGUUCGAUCUCAUCACUGCACUCGCAUUACUCCAAUCUGUCCUGCCACGGCGGUCCUAGAAGUACACACAUCGCGCAGCAUCUCCGCCGAGCAUCCAUAAUCGAGACUCGAAAGGCUCGCCUGGCCGAAAGGGCCGCUCACGCGGAACAAGUGCGCCUGAGAGCGGCCGCGGCAAAGGCGCAACCACGAGCAUCACACAGCGAAGAGAAGGCGGCAGCAGCUCAAGCCGCGAGAGAGAAGCUACUGGCUGAGAUCACGGCCAGGUGCGAGGAAGAAGUCCGAAGAGCAAAGAGGAUCGCCGAGGAGAAUCGGGAACGAAAGGCGGCCGAGGAGGCCAGAUUGAGAGAAGAGUUAGAUCAGAAGUAUGCUGGUGUAGCACGACGGAAGACAAUGCACCAGAAUUCGCUAAGGCGACCUAGGACGGCCUCGCUCGCCGCCGUGGAGGAGAAGAAGAUCAGUCCCGUCAUACUGCAGAAAAUGAGUAAAGCAACCGCUGCCAGGACGAUUCAGCGAGCCUAUCGUACGUAUACGGCCCGCAAGGUUAUAGACGAUUUCUCCAGCCUCGACAUCAACUUCAACAAACUCGCAAACUCAAGCUUCGAAGAUGUCACUCAAGUCAUCUCCGCUCAGCGCACCAUCAAAGCAACCACCAAGCUUCUCAGGUACCUUGGAAUGCUCCCCGUGGACGACGAUCCUGCUAGCGAGCGUGGUGCCGUCCGUGUCUUCUUGAGCGCAUACCUCAUCCUAUCUCAACCAAUGCAGGCACUCAGCUAUGGUGGAGGCCAACCACAGGAGCAGGAGCUCAUGGAGAAAGCCAAGGCGCUCAUUGAGCCUUUCGAAUCGUAUAUUCGAAGCUCCUCCUACGCCACUCUGCACAGUAAAAUGAUUAGGGACCAACAAGAGGAAGUCACAUUUGCAUUCAACACUUUCACUUCUGCCUUUCAUGCUUGGAAGGCGAAGGACAUGACGGUCAUCAUUGAUGUCAUGAUCGGAUCGUUCGUCAAUCUUGAUCUCAUCAUACAGUCUACCAAAGACGAUCAUGACGGACGGGUUGGCGAGGACUACCUCAACGCCAUCCGCCAGGAACAAGCCAAGAUCAUUGUUCGUCUGAAACGGAUGAUGGGACCUGAAGCGGCGUUGAAUAAGAUCAAGCUCGCUGUCAGAAGAGCACGGCGACAGAAGGCUCAAGAAAAGAAGGAGCGUGCUGGCGAAGAGCUCGUUCCGCGCUCUAUCACGCCAUCUGCAGAUGUCAUGGACACGCAAGCACCACUGACUCCACCAGCCACACCUCGUGCGUUGUCGCGUUCAGAGCCCGCCCCGUCAUCGUUCAUCACAAGGCUUGGACAGACUAUGACCGUCCUGCCGACCAAUCGAGAGAUUGCGCAUGAGAUCCAGAUCAACGGCACAUUUGAAGUCCAGCAGCAGCCCUGGACAGAGUCCAGACAACACUUCGUGAAUGCUCUUCGAAACAGCAUGCGCGAGAGCAUGGCCAACGGUGGUUCGCAGACAGCCGCCAGCUGGACCCAUGCUAUGGUUGUGCUGAUUCGCGGAAAGCUCAUGGGUCUCAUCAGUGAACGUCAUCCAUUGCAUGACAGGCUCGACGGAGUUCUGGACCCGAAGUUGAUCGAGCAGCAAUGUCGAAACGGCGCAUUCUCGUACGACGCAUUUUUCGACACAAUCGCUUCGUUGAUAGCCCAGCUGUGCUCACCUGGACGGGAUGCUGUUGUCAAGGCUUUCGCAGAUAACAAAACCAGUGACACGAUCGACAGGCUGUUCGAGCUGAUCAACAUAAUUGAUCUGAUGAGCCUUGACCACAUCAACUUCCAGUUCCGCAUGGCAUCCAAGGCCGUCCUGGAGCGCGGGCAUGAGCAUGAGCAUUCAAUGUUCGAGAAGGACCUGGAACAACAGAUCCACACGCUCGAUCAUACUAAAAGGUGGUGGCACAGUGCCAGGCAAUCGCUCGGCUCCAACCCAUCUGGACAGCUCAUUUACGCAAGAGCGAUCACGGACUUGGUCUUCCAGAAUUCCCAUCUGAAAUAUGCACAGAUCCCGGAGACACUCAGCCUCGACUAUCUCCGCAUCCUCGACCUUCGCGCCAAAGCAAUGCAGAUGGUCAUGUUCUCAUCUAUUCUACUCACCACAAAACUCCGUCUGCAGCGCAACCGCGAGGCUCUCUGGUCAGCCGACAAAUCUCGACUGGCUGCUGUUGAUCUGCUUACAACCGACGCCAAUCGGCUCGUGCAACUAGUUGGAACUUCUCGCACGAUACCUGAGCCCGUCAAAGCCGGCCUCCUGAACUUUGUCGCCCGCGUCUUGCCUCCAGCCGUGGCAGCAGCGCGCAACUCACGCGAUGCAGAAGCAGAAAGGCAGACUUGCAUCCAGGAGCAAAGAUCAUGGAAACCAGCAGAGCUCACACUGGAUGCGUCAGACUUCUUCAGCGAGCAGAUUGCGACUUUCAUCUUGAAGAGUCUGAGAGAGCACGUCUUUGCCAGACUGUCGGCGGUGAGCGCGGCUGAUAAGGCGAGAGUCACGAGCGGUGCGGCGGAGACGUUGGCACGGGCGGGUAUGCCUGAGUGGGUGGCGGAGGUGGGCGGGCUAGUCAAUAUGUUGGAGAGGGUGAGGAGCGUGGAUUUGCAGGCGCAUGAAAGGUGGUAUGAUUUGGUUGCCGCUGACGCUUGA